AUGCAGUGGUUGGUGGAUGUGCUCAUGAAGAAACAAAUGGAUGUGCCGUGGCGGCAUGCACAUUUACCGUCGGUGUUUGUAGAUGGUUGCAGACCGCUACUAGGGAAGUUGAUUUCGUUUUCUGGCUUCGACGAAAGUGAACGGGCCGCGAUGAAGUUCAUGGUGGAGGCCAUGGGAGCGAGAUUCACCCCGUACCUUAGCCGUCACAAUAAUAUUCUGAUUGCUAAGACCGCUGGCGUUGAAAAAGUCGAGAAGGCACGUGAAUGGGAUAUCCAAGUGGUGAAUUAUCAAUGGUUGGCUGACAACUACGCGGGUCAGAGAGUUGACGCUGACAAUCAGCGAUAUCAGCUUGGUCAACCGUGUGAAGGCGUAUCGCCGGGUCCAUAUGCCUUGGAAAUGAUCAACGAUCAGUUCAAGCAACUUCUGCUUGCUUGGAAAAUGCCACUGAUCGUGUCCCCUGAGCAGUGGCGUCUGGCAUGCAAUCAGCACCACCGGCGAGCGAAUUGCAGCCGAAAGCACAGGAGCACAAAAAGUUGGGGAGCACGCAUCCGUCGUACGUGGUUGCGUUUAGUGGGAUCGACGAUGAAAAUAAACAUGUUCUUACUCAGAAACUGCGAUAUUUGGGUGGACGAGCUGUGUGAGGAGGUGUCUGAAUGUUACACACCUGGUGACAACGAAUGGUCGGCGCACGGAGCGGCUAUUGGAGGCGAUUUGUUUGGGGAAGAACAUCGUGAAUCCCUACUGGAUAGUGCAUGGAUAAACGAUGCGGAACAGUGGAUGAUACGCUCGAUUACUUUCCUUCACGAUGAAGACCAGGAGCGGCAUUUGGGUUACAACUGUAAGCGUAGCGUGGUCAGAGCACGUCACAAAAAGGUGUUUGAGGAUGUACAAUUCUACAUUACGCCGUCAGUGGAACCAAGUCGUGCGGUGUUGACGAAGUUGAUCCGUUUAGCUGGUGGCACGGUCCAUGAAAAUCGUCCAGCGCCGGCUCAUAUAGGUCUG